GGCGGCCUGCGGGGGGGCCUUGCCCCACCGGGCCGGGCCGCUCCCCCGGGGCCGGCUCGCUUUCCCCCGGGGCCGGGCCCCCCCUCAGACCCCGAGCGCUGGGGCUGAGUGCGAGCUGGGCCGCGGUGCGUGUGCGGCCGCCGCCGCGCCCGCCUCUGGGCCCUGCGGCGCCCGGGCUGGCCGGGCCCUGCCUUCCCCCCCGGGUACGGGCCCUGCUGCCCGGCCCUUGCGGGGAACCGUUCGCAGGCGCCGCGCUGAUGUUCCGUGCACCGGCCCGGAGACGUCUAACCCUGAGCGUGGGCUGCUGCUCUAGAAAGACUGAGAAACGGUGGCCUCGAAGGCGGCGAGGGGCGAGUCUGGGCGAGCAGGUUACCAGAAUCCAAAUGGCUCUCCUGAAUAGGUGCUUGAGUUUAUCCUUAACCCAUCUAAGCAGUACGGUGAUCCAACGACACUUCAGUAUCACCGGAGCACGCCGAGCAAUACAGAAGCUCACCCGUGUGCGAGUGGUGGACAACAGCACCUUGGGGAACACGCCGUACCACCGGCCACCAAAAUGUAUCCAUGUGUAUAACAAGACCGGAGUUGGCAAAGUGGGAGAUACGAUCCUUCUGGCUAUCAAAGGAGAAAAGAAGAAGGCAUUAAUUGUAGGGCACAAGAUGCCUGGCCCCAACAUGAUGCCUAGAUUUGAUUCCAACAAUGUAGUACUCAUAGAAGACAACGGAAAUCCAGUAGGGACUAGAAUAAAAACACCAAUACCCUAUAUCUUGCGACAGAGAGAAGGGGAGUUCUCCAAAGUACUGGCCAUUGCCCGCAACUUUGUAUGAAAGCUUAGAAAGAUCUCUGGCAAUCCUGUCUAUAUCCUUUCAUACAGUAGCUGCUCCUCGGUACUUUUCUAGAAAAUGGUGAAACGUGAAAAAGUUGAGGUUCAUCAAGAGUCUCUCUCUCUUUCUGUUUAAAAAUUACAAACAACUAGUUUAAAUGGUGGAAUACCUUGUUUUUCUCCAAAAGAGGGUUGAUUUAUUUCACAGAACAUCUGCGGUGUGUUUGGGAAAUGGUCCUUCACCCUUACUGCUCUGGUGGUGUUAAUUUGGUCUCUAAACAUUAAAAUGAGAACGUGAAAA